GGGAACUCUAAAAAGUAGGAUUUAAACUGGACCAAAUCCUGAGCCCAAUGUGGUCGUUUUUAAGAUCUUCUUCAGCAACAUCAUACUCCAUUUGGGUCAUGAAAUAUGCAGUGAAUAUCUUGAGUUCAAGAGUAGCCAGGAUCAUCCCUGGGCAACUCCUUGGACCAUGUCCAAAUGUUCUUCUAGAGUACACAUUUUGGAUUUUCCCUUUCUUCAUAGACUCUUCGUAAAACUCUGAUUCUGGGUUAUGUCUUUCAGGCUCAAAAACAUUUGGUUCAAGCCAGUCAGAAUGGCUGGUGUUAGAGUCAAUUAUUGUUUGAAGGAGAACCGUUCCUUUUUCAAUAGGAACUCCACAUAUUUCUGUAUCUGUAUAAGCUUCAUAAGAUAAACUUAAGAAAAUUGAGGAUCGAUUUUUAAGGAUUCUUUGACCACAUUGGAAAAAUUAGGUCAAAGAAUUUGUGUUUUUUUAGACAUCUCUAAAGCAAACUUAGAGAAGUAGGUGCGAAUAUCUAAAUGAAUGAUGGUUCCAUCAGCUUGGACAUAUUCAUAAGAGUCUUCUCCCUUCUUAUCAAAAUCCUGUCCGAAUAGGAUACUAACUAAUAUCCUGUUAGUACAUAGAGUGAUCUCUUCGGUAAUAUUUACUUCCUUUUGUUUCUUCAUCUUGCUCAACAAAAACUCAGCACAUUUGAUUAUGAUAGGGAGAUGCUUUGAGACAGAGCGUAGGCUUAACGUUUUAGCUAGGUUCUUCCCCUCCUAAGAAUUCUUUUCGUUAAAGGAGAGUAAACAAAUCAUCCAGUAGAAAUCUUUAAGAAACCACUUCCACUCUUUUUAUGUUGAUCGAAAUAAAGUCUAUCAAUUUUUAGUUAGGAUUUGAGAUAAAAUCUCUUUUCGAGGUUUAUGAGAGAUAACAAGAAGCAUUGGAGUUGUUCCUAGCUGCUUGAGCUUUAAAUAAAUUUCAGGUUUCAAUUGAUUUCCAAUUCUUAUUUUACAAUUAAAAUUUGAUGCUAGAAGCCUUGUGUUUGCAGAUAAUUGCUUUGAGAGUAUUUCCUCUUGCAAAUA